AUGACUACUCGCGCGGCUCUUCCUCUCUUGCGUUCCGCUGCCACGCCGGCCGUCUGCGCGCGCAUCUCUCCUAGAGCCUUCUCAACAUCCAGCGCUCGUUUCAACUCUGGCAGCGCUCCAUUGCCGCCGCGGAAGCCUGUUGGAGCUUUCCGAGGAGGGCUGUUUGGCUUCCUUUUCGGCUCUGUCCUGGCAGGUGCCUCGGUCUACUACUACGUCCUCGGAGAAUACAGAAUGUCAAACGAGAUGCUGACGGAAGAUAUCUUCGCUCUGCAAGGCGCUACGCAAAAGCUCAACCGGUAUAUCACGGAGUUGGAGACCAAGGUUGAUGAGCUGCAGAAGAAGGCGAGAUGA